AUGUCAAUGUCAAAGAAUAUCCUUGAUUUAGGACAAGUGGUUUUUGGGGCAAGAUCUAAAAGGGGCCUCAAAGGGGCCGACAUGUCCGUUUCCAUCCAGGACCCUCGUGCCACACCUCGGCAUAUAGCGGAUCAACUAAAACGAUUCGUACUCUUAGCAGACGUGCCCCAAAGCACAACACCGAACGGUACUUCGCUUUCGGAUGCAGGCUUCGUCUUACUAAGCCUGAAGGACCAGAUUCUCGUCGACAACUCAAGAUCCCAACACUUUUGUCAAGAGUUCAUCUCUAGACCACUUAAUGGUGUAGAGCUUCUUAGCAAAGUUGUUAUGGUUCUGCAAGGAAUCGUCAAUUCGAACCAGCCACCGCCGUCGAAGAUCUCAAACUUACUGUCUAGGAACAAUUCAAACACGAAUCGGAAGCGAAAAGCUGCGGUGGCGGAAGCGGACUGUAUUGAAUGCCUGAAAAUUCUUCUGGAGAAGUCGGAAAAUGCAUGGCGACGUUUUCUUGACUCAGCAAACGGUCUCGACGCUGUUUUAUACUCAGUUAACAGUCCACAACUUGAUUCGAAGUGCUAUGCCUUAGAGAUCUUGUUAUUGUUAUUGGACCAACCUCAAGGAUUUGUGAUCCUGAUGAGAGCGCUAACAACUUUGGCGGCCAGAAGUAGGGAUUAUGUGAGGUUCACCAUGUUUGUGGCACAACUGAAACAUGGACUCCACACGAAUAAAUUACACAUCCAGAUUCUGAUCGUACGGCUGUUCAAUAAAUUGCUGGCUACAGCUCCAUCAUCAACCCACCGAUCCUUGGUGCGAUCCGAAGUCGCACUGACGAAGUUCAGCGUGGAAUACGUUGAAAAUCUUAUAAACACUCAAUCAGUUCCUCUUGGUGGGAUGGAAAUUCUUGUCGAAGAACUUGCUCUAUGGAGAUCUCUAGGAACUCCACCACAGCCAACGUAUGGUGUCGAGCAUAAUCACAUCUACGGAUUAACCGAAACAGAAAGUGACACUCUCCAAAGUGAACGAAUAAGGCAUGGUCGACCACCAACAGGCAAAUAUCCAACAGGCAGCACAGUUCUGAAGAAUGUUGAACGGCAACGCUUCAAAAAGCAGAGUGGGAUGGGGUCCGGUGGACGAUCAUCUGCUCCAGGAUAUCAUCCAGAAGGCGAUCGACAUACUUCUAAUGCAUUCUAUCCGGACCGACGUUCUCUUACAUUAUCAAAUCGCACGUGGCAAGCACAGUCCGAUGCCUCAUAUUCACCACCUUCGCUGACCCGUGCUAGCUACACAACCGAACGGGGAACACCGGGCGGUAUGCGUCGGGCUAAAAGUGAAAGCGCCAUGCUUGGACCGGAAAGAGUUGAAAGUCCAGAAGGCAUACGACGUGGAUUAAAGCGAUUUAAUGCACAUGAACAACACUUAUAUCAUCCCAUACAGCACACCAGAGCCAUAUCUAGGAGUGUUCACGAUCUCUCUACUCGUGACGAUGCUGUUACUUCAACGCUGACCCGUCCUAAUUCGGCCCGACCAUCGUCAGCAGCUCGCCCUCAGAGCAGAACGUUGACAAGGAGAGCACCAACACCACCAGGACAUUCGCCGACAAGGUUUGGAUCCAGACUGCAAGUGGAAGAAUCGCCACCUCGGGCACGCUACGCUAGCCCGAGCUCUCCUCGUGCUCGAUUUGCUGAACCUCCGAUUGUUGAGGCUCAAGUGCCUCAUGCAGGGUUCAGCUACUUGUUCCCGUCGCAGCCUGUUGUUUCUAGUGUUCUACCGAAGAGGACGAUCACUCCAGACCCUCAUUCAAGACAGUCUAUCAUUCGAUCGCAGUCUCCAGCUUCUCGACUGAUGUCGCCCAGUCCACGUCCAGACUACGACACGAGGUCAUACGCUGAAAACGGGCAAGUGGUUUACAUACCGAUCAACGUGGACAACGGACGUCACGAAAAACUAAGUAGGUAUGACCGGGCUGAUGCUGGCGUGUACUCAACUGAAUCAAGAACCAGUAGCCGAGCAAAAGUACGCAGUCCUAGCAUUAAUGGAGUAAUUGGAGAUGACGUCAGAGACGCGUUAAGUCAGUUCGACUACCUCAACGACUACGACAACACAAGCAUUCGAGGACGUGAACGGGAAGCCUCGUACCAUUUCUGA